GCAUUCGUACAAUCCGUCGGAACCGUCGUCGUACUUGAUGUACUACGACGUUAACAAUUUAUACGGAUGGGCGAUGUGUCAACCAUUGCCAUACGCCAAAUUUCAAUGGGUCGAAGACGCUGCGAACUUUGACGCGAGCGCGAUCGCUCCGGAUUCGCCCACCGGUUACAUUCUCGAAGUCGAUCUCGAGUAUCCGCAGCAUGUACACGACCGACACACCGACCUACCGUUCUGUCCGACGCGCGAUAAGCCGCCCGGCAAGCGCGAACAUAAACUUUUAGCGACGCUGUACGAUAAACAGCGUUACGUCAUCCACUACCGCAACCUGCAGCAAUGUACUCGUCACGGUCUUCGCGUAACAAAGAUCCAUCGGGUGCUACAAUUCGCGCAAUCUCCAUGGCUUCGCGAUUACAUUGAACUUAAUACAAAUUUCAGAACGCGCGCGAAAAACGAUUUCGAAAAAAAUUUAUAUAAAUUAAUGAACAACGCGGUAUUCGGUAAAACUAUGGAGAAUGUGCGCAACCACGUUGACGUAAAAUUAUUAACAAAAUGGGAUGGACGGUACGGCGCGGAGGCAACGAUUGCAAAACCAAAUUUCCACAGCCGUAGGGUCUUUGCGGAAAAUUUAAUAGCCAUCGAACUGCGCAAACUCGAGGUGAAGUUCGACAAACCGAUUUACCGGAACGGCCCACGCGUACUUGCUCAACACAUCGAUGACGGUGAGUAUGUAGUGGUAGCCUCUGUUGAAACUCGAGUACGGACGCAUCUCAACGAUAUCAGCCUGCCACAGAUCGUCGUACCCCCGGACUAUGACACGCCUUCGCGGAAAAUUUCUUCUCGCCGGAGCGUGCAAUUCCUCGACGAGCCGACGUUUCUCCGAGCUAAUUUUUUCUCUCUUUUCAUCGGAUUUCUUUUUCAUGAUUCGACGUGUAAUACACAGAGUACAAGAAAUUAAUGUAUUUUUCUCGCUGGUGUC